AUGCUAACAGGAUCUAAAGUUUUUAGUAAACUCGAUUUAUCUCAUGCAUAUGCUCAGCUAAAUGUCGAUAAAGAGAGUCAAGAGUAUCUUACAAUAAACACACAUAAAGGGUUGUAUAGCUACACUAAGUUACCUUAUGGGGUUAAAUCUGCACCUAAGAUAUUUCAGUCUAAAAUGGAUCAGAUUCUCCAAGGGAUAGAGAAAUGUGUGUGUAAGCAGGAUGACAUUCUUAUUGGUGGGAAUGACUGGAGAGAAUCUGAAGAUAUUAGGUGAGGUUUUAGAAAGAUUAUGUCGGCAUAAUGUACACUUAAAACAAUCUAAGUGUGAGUUUCUAAAACCAGAAGUUGUGUACCUAGGUCUUAAAGUUAAUGAAAAGGGCUUGCACCCGGUAGAGGAGAAAGUGGACGCUGUUAGGAAGGCCCCUGUGCCAUCUAACGUCAGUGAGCUAAGAUCUUUCUUGGGUAUGGUACAAUAUUAUCAUUGAUUUCUUCCAAAUUUGGCAACAACCUUAGCACCUUUGCAUAAGCUUUUAAAAAAAGAUGUCCAGUGGAAGUGGACGUCUGAAUGUCAAAAAGCUUAUGAUGCUUGUAAACAAAGUCUUACUAGUGAUACCCUGUUAGUACACUACGAUUUAAAUAGGAAAUCAAGACUUGCUUUGUGAUGCAUCAAGUUACGGACUUGGUGCCGUUGUGAGUCAUGUGAUGGAUGAUGGUCAGGAAAGACCAAUUGCUUACGCAUCUCGCACACUCAGUCAGAAUGAGAAAAAUUAUGCCCAAAUUGAGCGUGAGGCGUUGUCGAUAGUGUUUGGGGCAAAAAAAUUUCACCAGUUUCUGUAUGGUCAAAAUUUUACAUUGAUCACAGGUCUGCAAUUCCCACACUUCCUUAGGUCUGCAAUUCUGCCCUUGGUCUGCAAUUCCCACACUUGCUGCUGCAAGGAUACAAAGGUGGGCAUUGGUACUCUCUGCCUAUGAUAGAAUAUAAAUCAUCUGAAAAACAUGCUAAUUGUGAUGCACUCUCUAGGUUGCCACAUCAAAACUCAACUAUAGGUAGCGAGAGUGCAAUCUACCAGGUAAGUGCGAUUGAUGAUGAUUUUCCAAUGACUGCAAAAUAUAUUGGUAAGGCAACUAAAGUUGAUUCUGUUCUCUGUAAAGUAUAUUAUUAUGCUGUGUCAGGUUGGCCUGAGAAUUGUCAGGAUGAAAAUCUGAGACCAUAUCAUAACCGAAAGCUGGAAUUAUCCUGCGAACAAGAUUGUGUUCUUUGGGGCUCCAGAGUGGUUAUUCCAGCAGUUUUUAGAGAGAAAAUGCUCAAUGAAUUACAUUGGGAACAUCCAGGUGUAUGUGGAAUGAAAGCAAUUGCUCGCACCUGUGUUUGGUGGUCCAAGAUGGAUGAGGAUAUUGAGAGGGCUGUGAAAGGUUGCACAGUGUGGCAGUCGGUAAGAAAUACUCCUCCUCAUGCACCACUGAUACCAUGGAAAUGGCCGACCAGACCAUUUCAACGUGUUCAUAUUGAUUUCUGUCAAGAAGGUAAGGAUUAUUUUCUUGUGGUAAUUGACAGCCACUCAAAGUGGAUCAUUGAAGUAAAACAUAUGACCUCUACUACUACUCAACGUAGUCUUGAUGAACUUCGAUUGAUCUUUACUGUUUAUGGUUUGCCAGAGGAGGUAGUGUCCGAUAAUGGAUCUCAAUUUACUGCAACUGACUUUGUCGAGUUCAUGAAUAAAAAUGGGAUCAAGCACACAUUAGUCCCCCCAUAUCAUUCGCAAUCAAAUGGGGCAGCGGAAAGGUCGUGAGAGUGGUUAAAGAAGCAUUAGCCAAACAAGUUAUUCAAGGCACCCAAGGCGUGUCUAUGAAACAUAGACUGGCAAAUUUUCUCCUUAUAGGUACCGAACCACUCCUCACAGCACCACAGGUGUGUCGCCAGGAGAGUUGAUGAUGAAGCGCCGUUUGAGAACAAGGUUGAGUUUGGUUAAACCUGAUCUAGCACAGGUCGUAGAGGGAAA